GACGUCUGUCUCUAUAAGAGCUGCGGUUUGAGAGGUCGACGCGACGCGACGCGUCCGCACCGCAGCAGUGGACGAUCAUCGCUGUCUGCCACCGACACGCCUGACCAAUCAUCGACGAGCACAUGCAGAUGCGUCUUAUAUUAACAAUUCACACCAAUAUUAUAAAACUGGUGACGCGAUUCACUGCUGAACACAACAGAAACGUGAUUUCUAACGUAACGUUCAGUAAUAACAAACUCAUCACACAGUGAUUCAGACCUCGAGUAUUAAUAAUGAUUGACGUUCAUCAACUUAUAGUGAGUGUGUGACGAUAUCAACGUGAAGAUGAUAAACAGCCUACGUAACAUUUGAGGCGUCAGUAAAACAUUACAGAUGUGGCAUCGCGUUAUUGUCGCGUCACACGCGUGUGCCUGAUGGAUGCGGUGCGCGCGUGAGGGGGGCGGGAGCGCGUGGACCGCUCGAGCUCCUCUCUUUCGUUUCCUGACGUGAGUAAGACAAAAGAAAAAAAACCGGCAAGAGAGAAACGGGCUUCGUGUUUGUCGGAUACUGAGGCCCGGACGGUUCCGUGAGGCGGUUGUGCGCGGCGCGUGAGCCGCGGGUCGGUGCGGGCGGAGCGGCGGGCCGCGGGACUCGAGCCCGUGGAGAUCAGACGGGCCUGUCCGGUAAAAACAUCGUCAUAUUACCAGCCAUUCGUGUUGAUGUGUGAGUGUUUUCAGUCAUUGUGUUUACGGCCAGUUGUUUAUUUCCACACAAUGUUCGGCGCUGUGUGUCGCGUUAUUUGUUUCCGACGCCUUUGUAAACCCUAAGCGAUUUUGCUCACGGAUUGGGUUUUCCUCACAGAUGCUAAAGAGCUAAAGCUAAUGUGCAGUGAAGAAAAAAUAAAACGCAGAGACGAUGAUGGACGAGCUCAGCUCAUUUCUCGAUGUUUCUCGCUCGGUAUCGUAUCGUAACUUCAUUAUUAAUGCCAGAUUGGGGUUGAAUCUACUAAACCGUCACACGACCGCACUGAAGCUGAAGCUGACCGGGACAUUCCUCCUUAUCAGGACAUUUUUUGGGGUGAUAACAACGAGCCUCACGUAAAAUGGGCAAAUAAAACUGCAGAGUGUGAAGAGCAUCACUUACGACGAUGACCUCACACACAAACAAACAAACAACAGUGACAAACACAAACUCACUCACACACACAAAGCCUUUUUGUGAAGGGUUAUUUGUUGAGAAAACUGCGGCCAUAAACUCAUUUCUAUUGUACGAUAGGUGAUAGACUCGCGUGCACGCGACUAAUGACACCGUUCACGUGCAUGAGACCCCUGAGACACAUACAGUCUGAUGUUGUGAUGUUGUGAUGUUGUGUUAUUUUGCGCGCUCGGAGAUCUCUGAUGAAAAGAAUGUGGAAAAAUCAACAUCAUGUCAAUGAGUGGGGACUGUUGUGCUGCUUAGGAUUUCCCAGCAUGCUUUGCCUCGGACUGGACAUGUAGACAUAUGUAAACAUAGAACUAGAUGGUUGUUUACUCCAUGUUGAAAAGAAGGCAUGUGGGUAUCUGAAAGAGUUUUUAUUGGAUGUUGUGUGUGUUGUGGUCAUGGUUAAUGAUGGAGGUGAUGUUAAUGUGAAUGUUUAAAAAAACAAGAAAAUCAAGUUUCUCUUUCUUUCCUUCUUUUUAAAAUGCUUAAAUAUCUUUGACCGGUUGAAGUUGAGUAGGGUUUACUCAGAAGAUGACGUGUAGAUGUGCUGUCUGCGCUGGAGAAAGUUCAGCCACAGAUGUAUUUAUUUCAGCCUACAUGUGUCACGAUUUUGUCCGUCUGAAUUUUGGUAAAAUCUUGGAUUGUGCUUCAAGUGCUUCAUUCAUUUAAACAAAUGCUAUUUACAAAAUCUGCUGAGUCCAAAAAUUGCCACAGUGUGAUUUUAUUGAUUUGUAGAAUAAAUCACUCAUUAUAUUAAUUUGGUAGUUACAAAUAUCACCUGCUUUUGAUGGCGUUUUUAAUUUUCUUUUGUAAGAAGUGCAAUUUAUAGACAAACUUCAUUGGGCUAAGAUUUUAAUAUAUCGAGAUUGUGUUCAUGUAACAAUGGACAACAACUCUGUGUUUAUAAUGUAAAAAAAUAUUCUUUCACCAGCUUUUAUGAGACAAAAUGACUUUUAAUUAUCCUCAUCAUGUCAAAGGAAACCUGUUGGAGUUUCUUUCUUCAUCAGAACACGAAAGAAGAUAUUUUGAAGAAUGUUGAUAGUCAAACAACACUGAACUCCAUUGACUUUCACUGAAAGAACACAAAACCACUGAGACAUUUCUCAAAAUAUCUUAUUUUGUGUACCACUGAAGAGAGACUCGCAUACAGAUUUACAAACACAUGAAUGUGAAUGAAUAUAAUCUUAUAAUAUGUUAGGUUUUUAUUAUUAUAUUAUAAUAUUUGUUAUUGCGAUAGUUUUGGUUUCCUUUACAAAUGAGCAUUUGUGUGUAUAAAGGGUUGUGUGAUUGGUUUGGUUCGAGCACAGUGAUGUUACGGUGUCAUAUCAGGAACUAAUGUGUAACAUGUUGCCUCUGGUCAGUAUUCUGCUGUAGCUCAGUUGUGACGCUCAUGUGUGAUCCUGUGAUGUUUAACUCUUAGAGUUUGUUGAGCUGCUCUGGUAAAACAUUGGUUGAUGACAUGGCAUUUUCACUGUCACACCGUGUCUACACAACGAUACGCAUCAGAACACAUUAUCAUUUUACAUUUUGUCAUCACUGUGUGAUGCAACUAGGGAUGCACCGAUACUACUUUUUCCUUGCCGAUCCAAUUCCGAUACCUGUAUUCUGCGUAUCGGCCGAUACCGAUUCUGAUCCGAUUCGAUACUAGCACUGUUUUCUUGAGUUGCAUAUUUGAUCUUUUAUUGUUUAAGAAAUAAAAGGGUGGAUAGCUGGAUAGUUCUUAAGCAUGUUUACUUACAAGUACAUUUUAAAAUAUCUGUACUUUAUCAGAGUAUUUUGGACAAAAAAUACUUUCCUACAGUAUGAAGCACAUCAUACUUACUCCACUACAGUCCAUAAAUAAAUGUUUUUUUUUUUAUAACUUUAAAUCCAUGAGUACAUUAAAAUUUAAGUAUUUUUACUUUUAAAAGUAGAAAAGUAUGAUUUUUUUUAAUGUAGUUAAGUACUGUAUUAAACUUAAAAAAACACAAAAAACAAAAAUGUGGUCUCAAAAAAGGCACAGAUACUUACAAAAUGUUUAACAAAUAAAUCUCUGUUUAUUACACAAAACUAUCACAGUAUAAAAGUCUCCAAACUCGCUCAUCCUGGACACAAAAUGAUGCGCCUAAAACAUUUGCUUCUACGUCUACGUUACUUAGUCAUGCGCAUUGGACGCAGAAUGAUGCGCUUAAUGCACCCGCUUCACUUACGAGCAUCCCGGAUAGUGAUGAUCCUGAUGUCGUGGGGAUCUUUGCUUCCCAAGUUCAAAACAGUUAUACACAAAGAGAAGAGAUAUGUUAUGUGUUUAAAUCAUAGUACAUUGCAUCCAUCCUAAAGUAAAAAAAAAGCGUUAUAGUGUAUGAAUGACGCAUAACAUAGACCGCUUCCAGUGCUUGAAUCUAAUAACGUUACACUCAGCGAGUACAGUCUCCGGCAAAAUGCAUUUUAAACAAAACCACAGUCUAUUAUCUAGUGAUUAUGAAGAAUAUUGAAAACUUUGGAACGAGUAACGUCCUGACUGUUCCCGGACACACGCAUGCUGGAUUGAGAUUGACAGAUGACGGCACCCGCAGAGACCAUCUCAAAAAAAGAAACAAACAACAGUGAGAGGACACGACAGAACAAGCAACUGGAGGGCAUGACACUGGCCACGGAUCACCAACACUAAUGAUAAUUGAUAAGGGUUGGACCAGCAAAGAAACAAAAUAAGAAGGAGAUCCUGCUGGAAUGAAGAGCUAAUAUGGAAACCUCAUAUGUUUGGAUAAAUCUGAGCGAUAUUUGAUAACAACAAUUUCAAAGAAAACAUGACUGGAGAGAGCAUCAACUCCUCAUUACACAGGAAUCUUGAUCAUAAACUCUUGAUGUUUUUUAUACUAUCUGCAGUUUCAGUGAAUAUAUGUGCCAAACGUUUUAUCAAUGAACUGUUAUAAUUCCACUGCAUGGCUGCUACAUACAUUUCCACAGUUACCAGAAGGAAAAGGCUCGACUGACCUGUGUUUUGGUGAGAUAUUUUUUACUUUCUGGCAGGCAGAGACAACACUAAACCAGUUUUCAUUUUCCACAGCCCUUUGAAAAUCGUGCCAAUUUUGACACCAUUUUUGUUAAUGAACGUGCUGCUGCUAUAUUUUUCAUUUCAUUUUCAUUGUCAUUUAAUUCUCUAAUUCAAGCGAUUGGCAGACAUUUGCUGUUGUCUCCUGCUACAGAUGUGACUACGGUUUCGCUUUUUGUAAUCUUUAGUGUAAAGUCAUGUUUAUAUGAUUUUUUACCAAUCUACAGCUUCUGGAAAAGCUUAAACAAAACAUUCCAAUUUGCCCUUUUUGAUUUUUUUGAAAAACGAAAUACCAGUUAAAGCUCAUCCAAAACUCAGAAAAUGCAGAAUUUCCCCAACAGUCCAGUACCACUUCAUCCAGGAUUUAGCAGGAGAGGAAGUGUCGUCAGUUCUCCGUAUCAGUCCCACACUUCAGACCUUCAGAUUUCCCCCAGAUCCUCGGAGGACUAUGCUGCCAUGCAGCAAGCUCAACCUAACCUGCUCAGUCAAGGGCAGCACCUGCACCUGCGAAGCCAACAACAUCUUCUACAUGCUUCUCCUGUACAUGCUUAUGGAUCUAGGAGGGUAGCUGGAGAGAUGACCCAGGGAAAUGCUCACAGUGGAAGCUCUUACCGUAAAGAGAGUAUGGACUAUUAUUUUUCAGUAAGUGGAAGGGAAAGAAACCGCAGAGGAUAUGGUGCAGGAUUUAGGUACACAAACAUGGAUGGACAUGCACCUCAUCAGUAUCAACAUUUAUCUGGCUCGGGGUCAUCCUCUGGAAUGAUUUCCCCUUACCCAAUGGAUUAUGGCUCCAACCCUGCUUCUGGAGUUGGGGCUGCUAGUAGUAGUAGUAGUAGUAGUAGCGGUAGUGGUGGUGCUGGUUCAUUUUCUCCCUCCCAGCAAUACGGUUUGACUCAUAACACUCCAGUACAAUCAGGUACUCCAAUGCAACAACGCCAGCAUGGUCAGAAAUAUCCCUCCCAUCAAGAAUUACAUCAUCAUCGGGCAUACUCUCUUUCUGGAAACCGAGUACCCUCCCAGUUUGGACACUAUGCCCCCAUUAAUGCAACCUCAGGCUCUACUGGAAUGUAUAACUCCCCACCACAAAGAUACGACGUGAGCAGCAGCGGCAAAAGCACGGAUGCCAAAAUUAAUAACUCACCCACUCGGCCCAAUCCAAGCGCAUCUGCUUUAAGCAGCUGUGAGAAUGUGGGACAUAGCUACUCGUCGGCUACUCUCACGCCAUAUUCACCGCAGUCCCUUCACAAGCAUGCCCCUCACUCUCAGCGUGCCUCCCAGAGCACCAUAGCAGGUUACGACCCUUCCCUCAAAGUGCAGCAUCAUGCCCCUGCACACCCCAAAAUGUCCCAUUCCUCCAUCCCUUCCAGUCCUGCUCUGCCUCCACUCCCCUGCCAUGAAAUGGCUAAAUCUCCUAUGCACUCCCAAAAUCAUCAGACUCGCAUUCAUCAAAACUACAGCCCCAUAUCCAAUCCCUCCCCUGCUCCAUCUGCUGUACAGUCUCCAGGCUGCAGCUCUUCGUCCUCUCCACUCAUGGGCAGUUCAGAGGGAAACAGUACAGUUGCCCAGAUGCAGGCGUCAUCCCUGCCUGUUUUAAAUGCUCAUAGUAGCCAAAGCCACGGAAGGCUUUUGCAGGCUGUGUCUCAACUGAGCCCAACUCCUAGCUCUAACAGCAGCGUCAGUAGUUGCGGUAGCAGUCUAGGAACGAAGACAGUUGGUUUCGGCCUCAAUGCAGGAAUGGGUCAACCGGCUGCAAAUCAGAACCGAGCGUCCCCAGGGCCUCAUAGGAGGGGUACAGGAGAAGACAGCUCGCUUUUCAACACUGACACUGGUCUAAAUAGCCUCAAUGCUCUGACAUCUCAAGUGGAGAAUUUGCCUAACACAGUGCAACACAUGCUGCUAACAGACACCGUGCUCUCCCAGAAGAAGAGCAAGGAGCAAGGAUCUCAGUCAGUGCCUGAAAUCCAAAAUAAAUGUGCAAGUUCCAUUGUAGGUGGACAGACUGCAGCAAAUGAAGAAAGGUCUGAAACUAAGGGGGUUCAGCGUAAAAGAGUCAAAAAGGCAAGUGGAACUAACAAUGAAUCCGAGCCAGCCAGCUACCCAUUAUCGCAGACCCACAUGCUGUUAGAACGUAGUCAGCAUGGGCUAGAUCUGCAGGUUAACGCCAGGGUUAUUUCAGCUGUUUCAAAACUACAGGCUGCUGGCUCUCAAUCAAAGACACCAGAAAAUCCCUCCUCCCCACCACAACCACCGUCAGUUCAUCCUUCUGCAGAACUGAGCACAAAACCUCCAUCUACUACUAAAUCUACACAUCAGAAAUGUGUGCCUGAAAGAACUAUCGGUCAUGUCGAUAAUAAUGGAAUGAUGGGGCAGAAGAUGAUUAAAGAUGAAGAAAGUGAUGUUGAAAUGGGAGAUCCUAUCAGUCACAGAGAAAAGUUUGAGAAUAAUUUUAAUAAAGCUGAGACUGAUUCCCAGCAGUGUGACGAUCCAAAUAAACACAUAAAUAUUUCCGAACAACAUAACGUUGGAGGUGUUGGGGUCAUAGUCUCUGCACGAUCUGAAAUUAACGCUGAAUCAAGUAAGCACUCAGCAGCAAAGACUUCACAGUGUGCUAUUUCUCAAACACGGCUCAAACACGGCUGUCCUGAAGGGCAACAUGAUGUCAGCAUCCUUCGAGAGACAAGAAAUCACAAUGGAGACAGGGAGAUCUGCAUGGAAGCAUAUGUUUCACCAUAUGAUAUGUCCCCUAAAGAAGAAGCUGGCCAGAGGAUACCCUCAAAUAAUUCUCACACCCAUUUGUAUAAAUACAAUAACCCAGAGGUACAUUCCAACACCUGCAUGAGCACAAAGAAUAAGGGAAAGUCUGGAAGAGCGAGUGAAGCGGGCACAAAUAGAUACUCCAGUCAUCAUCAGUUACAGGCCAGCUAUGGAUCUAUUGCCACGAAGGACAUUAGUGUUUUUGCUGGGGAAGGUGGGAGAGGGGUUGUAUCGAAGGGUCUUGAGAGCAGUUCUCCAUUUCAACCAUCGUUUCCCAGUCUUUUGCAAGAGGUCCUUCAAGGUCAUCACUUAGAUAGACGCUACGGACAUCCUGAUCAGACAUCUAGUGUUCGUAAUCGAUCUCAAGAUCAUCGUUAUCAAACAAGACCACCAUAUAGUACGAUAGAGAAUUUGAGCUUGCAUGGAAUGGCCGGAACGAAUGUCCUGUUCAGUCAAAUAGCCACUGGAAAACCACACAAUUUCAGUCAAAAUCAGGGACCGGAUAAAGAGUUGGCGUUAGGCCCACGUCAUCCCACUUGGGAGUCUGAAGCACAAAGACCCAACCUGACUCAUGAAAUGCCCUUAGAAAAAGGCAAAACCAGUCCGUCUCCUAGCCACAUGCAGCAGAAAUCAGAUCUCCCAACAGGAGCCCCACCAAAGCACAUUCAUUUAACUGACUAUUCUUUACAGCAUCGGAAAGCAUCCAUAUAUGGCACUUCUCCCUCCGCUGUGGAGCAACUGCUAUUACAAGAAACUGAGCCGUUAACAUGUGCAGUUGGUCCUAUUAGUCAGACAUCAUCUUCAGGAAGGCGCUCAGUUAUCUGUGACGUGUCCCCUUCACGACGAACAACACCAGAGAGAGACAGAGGAACCUCUGGCCCUUCAGUCAUUCAGCAAUCAUUUUCAGCUUCAAAUGACCAAGACUGCAGCAAGGAGGAUAUAAAGGUAAAGAAUGAGCAAAACAAUGAGGAUGCACCAAAGAUUGAUCCUGCAGGUCAUAACGCUGAUGGAUUCUGCAGCAUACCAGCCGUUAAGCAUCCUCACAAGUCCCUUCACCCCUAUGAAGAUGUCGGUUCUGACUCGGAAAGGAUCAGUUGUGUCAAAGGCCCCUGUGAACCAGCCAGCAACCUGACACAUUUUACUCAAAUGUCCUCAAAUCAGAGGCACCAGUCAUAUUCCCAGGCUGUGGAUGCUUUCCGAACUUAUGUGUUUAGUGACACCAUGGACGGGCCAAAAAUGAUCUCCCACUCUACUCCUCAUCGUCCAUUCCACACAGGCACAGCAUAUUCUAAAACCACACCCUCGCCUAACAAAUUACAAGCUUUUUCACCGAGUGUACCUCCUCAGGACCAACCUGACUGGACUUCUGACAGAUACAGGCUGAAAGAUAUGGACAGGCAUGUUUCACAGAGACUAGCUGAACACAAUUCCCAGUCUCCAAGCGGUAUUCUGCCCAGUCAGCAUCACAUGUCACCGCGACAGCACUCUUAUUCUGCAUCACACUUUGACAUGAAAAUGUGGGAUGUUUAUCCUGAACCUGCUGCAGUCCCUCGUGAGCAUGUUGGUUCUCCGCCAGUCACAAAUACUGUUCCCAAACUGAGAGAUGGGGACAAAAUUUCAGACAAGAGUGCAGAAGAAACUGCCAAAUCUUUCAACUCACUGGCUCCGGAGAGCGGCGUCAGGCCAUCUGGGCAAACCAAUAAGGCCAUCCAAGGGAGUCAGCGGGGCCAGAGACUCACCAAAAGCGGAGGAUCAGCUGAAACAAACCCUUUAAUCAUGAGAAGAAGAGUGAGAUCCUUUAUUUCUCCUAUUCCAGCUAAGAGGCAGCAUCAAGAUGGUCCAGUUCAGCGACCAGCAUCAUCUUAUCACUCUCCAUCGUCUCACUCUGACUCUAGACAUGUAAACAACAACUCUUCUGGUAACACUGAUACUCAGCCAAAACUGGCUUCCCCAACGACACAGCAAUCCAAUGCUAACUCGCCUCCGCAGUGCAAAACAAAGAUUCUUUCCUCAAGAAAAGGUCGAGGUCUAAAACUGGAAGCUAUUGUGCAGAAAAUCACUCCCAGCGUGAAGAAAUUGACCGUCAAUAACAGUCACAUAGAUUCUGAUUACUCUGACGUAUCUCUCUACGCCUCUGACGUACCUGAUCCUGAAAGUUGUGCUUCAUUUUCUAGUGUUGCUCAGGUAGACGAGGGCUGUUUAUCUUACCUUGAUGAUGCAUAUCGAGCAGUUGAAGAUGCCUUCUCUUGCGAUACGCAGUCUCUUAAACCUGUGGCAGCAACAUCAACCCCUAGUGGUGCCCUCAGAGAUUUGCCAAAAGAUUUUGACUUUGGAUUAGGUGCUGCUGGAUCCUCUGGCUCUUUGGUGGGUGAAAACGACAAGGAUGACUUUACUUUGUUAGGACCCCUGCCACCUCCACCUCCAUUGCCUUGCCCUGUACAGGGAUCCCCUCCUCCAUCCUCCUCGGCGUUGUCUGACAUACAGCAGUUCACAAACACCUACCAACAGCUGGAAACCAGGCGCGGCGAGCAGUCGGCAGCUAACCUGCUCAGACAAAAACUGCAAGAAACUGGCAUGGGCUUCGAUGAAUAUGCGGCUGGGGAUUACUACAGUACCGCCGCUUGUCAUAGCCCUGGGCAUCACCACCCUUCCAGAGCUUCUCAGCACCAGAUGACCUCUCUCAAUUUGUCAAGCCCAGAGUCCAAAUCAUCAGAAAGCCAUGUACCUAAAGGUUACUUUCCAUCGGGUAAGAAGAAAGGACGCCCGGUAGGCAGUGUAAACAAGCAGAAACGUGCACAAGCUCCAAUCCAGAAUGCUGCAGCUAGCAUAGUCGCUGCCUCACUUGCCUCACCUUCAACUUCCCCUCAGCGUGAUCUAGCCUCAGAAUUUGCAAGUGAUGUGCCACAAACAUCAACACCACCUGACCAGGAACCCUGUCCAUCAGUGGAGUCUCCUGUUCAAAUGCAGAUCAUGAAGGUGGACACAGAGAAUGAAGAAACCCAGCCAGAGGAAGAUGUAAAGCCUGCUAGACCCAAACAGAAAAAGGUAAAAGAGGGCAAUGAAGCUGUUGAUUCGGGUGUCGGGCAGGGGAGGAGGAGAGGAAUGUCCUCCAAAGUGGAGCUAGACGUUCAGUCAAGCAGCAGGGGAAACAUGGGCCUUUGUGGAAUAUUCUCAGAUGCCAGAAAUAACAUUUUCUGCCCUUACAUACACGUAGAACAAAAGAUUGCAGAGAUUGGGGCAGUUUGUACAAUAGUCAAUGGAGAGGAAGAGAAAUCCAAAAGUGGAGCCAAAGCAGGUCAUUUUGGGAUGGAUGCCCUGUUGAAUACAUCGGUGUCAUCUCAGCUGGCAAGAAGAGAAAAGGAAAAUGAAAGGAGCAAGGAAAGUUGGGUAUCUGAGCAGGUUGAUUCCGCUUUGCAGUCAGGGAAGACACUUCCUUCUUCUGGAUUUGUUCUGCCAGGGCCUGUGUCAGUAGAGACCGGACACACUGGCCGCCUGGUAUGCUGCCUUUGUCAGAAGUGGGCCAAUUACAAAAAUCUUGGGGAUCUUUAUGGGCCAUUUUACCCUGCUGAGUAUGCCGCCAUGCUUCCUAGGAAUACACCCCAAAUCCGUCAAACCUUGUCCUACCAAGGGCCAGCCGCCACAGGACUCGAUGUGACCAUUUCAAGAGAUCCCACUCCUCAGGAUAGCCAUUUACAAGACCCUCAAAACGUCAAGUUGUCUACAGACAGCGAUUGCACAGCAAAUCAAGCAACAAACCCGACAUCUCCGGCCACAACCUUUGGCACCGCCUCUCCUGAGGAAAUGCCAUUCCAGAACACUAAGACCAGCAGUUUUGCCUCAAAGGUUGCCACUCACAGCCGAGAUCAGCAGGCAGAUCAACUGGCAAGUGGUCUGGGAGGAUCAAAAGUGCAAGAAGCCGACAGCGUUGUUGUACUGAAGCAGCUGCAGUUAGAAGAUUCUCAGCAGAGGCCCCAGCACAGAAAACUCACGUCUCAUCCACGCUUCAAAAGAAGACACAAAUCCAGCGAAGAUUUACCGGGGAGAGUCCCUAUCAACAGCAAAGCGUCGCUGCCAUUCCAGCCUCCUCCGCCCAGUCUGGACUUCAUGGGUCCCAUGGCCCAGCUAGCCCAGCUCCCACUGGUGCCCAUAGAUCCUGAGGAGCUGUGGGUGCACGAGAGCUGCAUCGUAUGGACCAGCGGUGUGUAUCUAGUUAAUGGCAGACUCUAUGGCCUUCAGGAGGCGCUGGAUGGUGCCAGAGACGCGAGCUGCUCUCAUUGCGACAUAGUUGGCUCAACACUUGGAUGCUACAGUAAAGGCUGCACACAGCUGUACCACUACCUUUGUGCCAUCGAGGCAGAUUGCUCUCUAAACGAAGAAAACUUUUCUCUGAGGUGUCCGAAGCACAAGAGCAAUAGACUUGUUAAACCUGGAGCUGCAUAUCUGGAGCAGUCGGAGAGAGGGUGAACACACACCGAACAAUCGACACACACAUCAGACGAAGAUGCCUGUGUGCCUGCCUGUGUGACACCAUUGUGAUUACGGAUGGAGUUGCCAUGGAAAAGUUUUGGAAUGUAAAAAAAUCAAAAACACUAGGAACUAUGAGAAAACUGGUAUGUCGCGGUUUCCAAUCGGAGAAAACGCAACAAUGGAAGCAGAAGAAACACUAACUGCCUUCAGUUCACUUUGGAAUCCAUUGUUUGAGUCCAUCUUUGACAUUUGUUUGUUCUUUCUAUUGGAGUUGAGAUGCGGUUUGUUGGACACAGAAGACUGACAUGAGGGACCAAGGUGGCCGCAGUGUAUUUCCGUGUGUUCUGUGUCGUAUUUUAAUCCUGAUUUCAGUAUUUUAUCCAUAGAUUCAGAGUAUUCUUCAUAUCAUUGAUCAGAAACUGAAGGAGGACCAGAAUGUCUACCCCGUUGUGACAUUAUUGAACAUGCUCGUGGAAUGUGGUGUUCCGGUUGCCAGAGAGACAUUGUUGUCAUAGAGACCACACAUCUGUUGCCUUUGAAGGUGUGCCUGAGAGAGAGAGAGAGAGAGAGAGAGGGCGAGAGGGGGAGUGAAAGUUUUGCUGUGUGUUUGCUUGUGUCUGUUCUUUUGAGAAGUGUUCUUAUCGUCACCUCAAGACACGGACCUUACGUGACAUUAUGAGCUGCACCGUGUCUCAGCUGGACUCCCGUCGUGACGCUGUGUAAACUCUUGACAAGGGAUCCACCUGCCAUUCCGUUUUGACAAACAUUCCUUCACCAUUUCAAGAAAAAAAGUCGGCAUGUUUGAAAAUCUCCAUCUUCAGAACAAUCGCUGUCAUUUUUUUAUUCUUUUAAAAUAAAGUGCGAUGAAAAGAAUGACCAAUAUGAAACCUUGUUGUACUAGAAAGCUGUUAAUAUGCUUCUGACCCAUGAAUACAGUAUUACCAUGUA